AGUCCACAUUGUACACUGGAAACUCUCAGAUUGAUGAGCUGUGGUUUGUCAGAGAUCAGCUGUGAUUAUCUGGCAGCAGCCCUGAAGUCCAACCCCUCGUAUCCCAGAGUGCUGGACCUGAGUGGAACCUGCAACAACCUGCAGGAUUCAGGAGUGAAGCAGCUGUGUGAUCUUCUGGAGAAUCCACGAUGUCGAUUUGAAACUCUGAGAUUGAAGGACUGUGGUUUGUCAGAGAUCAGCUGUGAUUAUCUGGCAGCAGCUCUCAAGUCCAACCCCUCCCAUCUGAGACAGCUGGACCUGAGUGGAACCUACAACAACCUGCAGGAUUCAGGAGUGAAGCAGCUGUGUGAUCUUCUGGAGAAUCCACGAUGUCGAUUUGAAACUCUGAGACUGAGUCAUUGUGACCUGUCAGAGAGAAACUGUGAAGCUCUGUCCUCAGCUCUCAGCCCUCUAACCUGA